AUGGCCAUUACUUCACUAACCCUUUUCAAGAUGAUCUUUGUUUUCUUCAUUCUCUUCACUCUUCUCACGCCUCAAGCCGUGGCUGGUUGUGAAGCUGAAUCAGCAAACGCAUGUAACAACAGAAAGAAAGCCCUACCACUAAAACUCAUAGCCAUAUUCACCAUCUUAGUCUCCAGCGUAAUUGGUGUGACACUACCCUUAGUGACACGUUCAGUCCCAGCCUUGAGCCCUGAAAACGAUCUCUUCAUAAUUGUGAAGUGCUUCGCAGCUGGUAUCAUUCUUGGGACGGGGUUCAUGCACGUGCUUCCCGAUUCCUUUGACAUGUUAAGGUCUGAUUGCUUGAAGGAGAAACCGUGGCAUGAGUUUCCGUUUUCAGGACUUGUGGCUAUGUUUUCUGCGAUAAUAACGAUGAUGGUGGAUUCUUUGGCCUCAAGUGUUUAUACCAAGAAGUUUAGAACUGAGGUUAUUCCAGCUGAGAGCAGCCCUGCAGGUGGUGGGGAUCGAGAGAUGGGUUCUGUCGUUAACUUUGGCCAUUUCCAUGGCCACCACCAUCCUCAGAGCAAGACAGAAGGCCAAGAAUCACAACUUCUACGUUAUCGUGUUGUUGCCAUGGUUUUAGAACUUGGGAUUGUGGUUCAUUCAGUGGUUAUAGGACUUGGCAUGGGAGUUUCAAACAACACAUGCACCAUAAAAGGUCUUAUAGCCGCGCUUUGCUUGCAUCAAAUGUUUGAAGGCAUGGGUCUAGGAGGUUGCAUUCAGCAGGCUGAGUACAAGUUCUUAAAGAAGGCCAUCAUGGUGUUUUUCUUCUCCGUGACAACCCCAUUUGGAAUUGCCCUAGGAAUUGCAAUGGCCACGACCUACAAAGAGAACAGCCCUGGUGCACUUAUCACUGUGGGGUUGCUGAACGCUUCCUCUGCAGGUCUUCUGAUCUACAUGGCUUUGGUUGACCUUCUCUCUGCGGAUUUCAUGAGCCCUAGGUUGCAGGGUAACAUCAACCUUCAAUUCAAAUCUUACUUAGCUGUGUUUUUGGGUGCUGGUGGCAUGUCUUUAUUGGCAAAAUGGGCUUAG